AUGCCAACUAAUGCACCCUCCGACAAGUCGAGGCAAACGUCGGCCGGGAAAUCGUUCUUUGGGAGGAAACUGUACAAGGGAGGGUCCUCAGACGACCGUUCCCAGGGACACGAUGGAUCAUACUACGCAGGCUCCUACGAUAGUCUGGCGCCUCCCGGAAGCGCCGCGGGCUCUCGCUCGUCCCGCUAUUCGAAGCGAUCGUCGAUUCAGUCCGUCGACUUAAGCCAUGAUAUGGAUCCCGGCAGCAUCGCUCCAACAGCCGGUGUCAUCACGUCUAUACCCUUCGAGAGCCUGCCGUCCGACACCAGAACUCCGAUCCCGAUUGACAACAUGUCGCGACCCGACUCCGCCCGCCACGAGCCCUCUCCCAACCACAUUGGCAAGACCGGAGGAGAUUUUCAUCAGUAUCCAACCUGGACCUCUUCCUCAGCACCGAAUGGAUCUGGUUCCCAUCCGUCCGGUCCUCGCCCACCCCCGCAUGCCUCGAAUAUGACGAUGACGAGCAGCGCCUCAGGCUCAGGAGAGCGCGGGACACGAUAUCAGCAGUGGGGACGGCCUGGGAGCUCAGCGGCAAACCAUAACUCCUCGUUUGACUCUUCAUCGAACUCUCGCACAUCGCUUGACCAGGCUAGUGUGUAUUCCGGACAUUCGUCAAACCCUCGAGCCUCGAAUUAUUUUCCGUCAGAACCUUCAAGUCGCACCCUUACGAGCUCGCAUUCAAGUGAUCGCAGCACUAUAUUCCCAAGUAGUGCAAGUGCUGGCAGACUGUCGAAUGCCCCGUCUAUACACCAACCUAUACCUGCAGCCGUGCCUCGGCCUCCCGAUAAUUAUUUGACCCGCCCCAGAGACGACCGUAUUGUCGACCAAUUGUUCUUGGAGCUUAUGCAGAAACGUGGAUGGCAGAACCUUCCAGAGCAGGCCAAACGGCAAAUGUUGUCGUACCCUGCGUCCAAGAAGUGGACCCUGGUUCACCAGGAUCGAUUGACGGAGCUUCAAGGGGAGCAGAAAAGACGACAAAAUGCGCGCCAGACUCACGGACAUGAUGGCUUGUCGGGUCUAUUGGAACGCGCAGAUGAGGAAGGUAGCCCUGAGUGGUAUGUCAAGAAAGUCAUGGACGACACGAUUACAUCGAAGCAGUUGGCCAGUUUGAGUGUCAGUCUGCGAACGCAGCCCAUCAGCUGGGUGAAAGCUUUUGUUGAAGCUCAGGGACAAGUUGCCUUGACCAAUGUUCUUCAGAAGAUCAACCGGCGAAAAGCUUCUGGCCCCGUACCCGCUCCUCCAACUGGCGACAAGGACCUCGACCGCGAGUAUGAUAUCGCAAAGUGUUUGAAAGGUCUUAUGAACAACAAAUAUGGUGCAGAUGAUGCACUCGAGCACCAAGGGGUCCUCGUGGCGCUUGUCAACUCAUUAGCUUCGCCUCGCCUGAACACCCGAAAGCUUGUGAGCGAAGUUCUUACUUUUCUAUGCCACUGGGCCGAUGGCCAAGGUCAUCAAAAGGUUCUCCAGGCUAUGGAUAAAGUCAAGCAUGACCAUAACGAAACCGGUCGUUUUGAUGCCUGGAUGCGCAUCGUCGAAGUUACUGUCGAUGGCCGCGGUAAGAUGGGAAGUUUGGUGGGCGCAAGCGAAGAGUAUCGAAGUGGUGGAAUUGGCAUGGAGAAUCUCCUUAUGGAGUAUGCCGUUUCUACCAUGAUUCUCAUCAACAUGCUGGUGGAUGGCGCAGAAACCGAUUUGCAACUACGAUGCCACAUUCGUGCCCAAUUUAUCUCUUGUGGAAUCAAACGUCUACUGACGAAGAUGGAGGGCUUCCAAUACGAGGUAAUCGACAAGCAGAUCGAACGAUUCCGGGAGAAUGAAGCCAUCGAUUACGAAGAUCUUCUUCAACGGGAGGGAAGCAGCAUGAAGGAUAGUGUCGAGGGUGAAGUCAAGGAUAUGAGUGACCCUCUCCAGAUUGCGGAUGCUAUUGCAACCAAGAUCAAUGGAACUCGGUCUCAUGACUACUUCCUCUCAGCGAUGCAGCAUAUGCUGCUGAUCCGCGAGAACUCCGGCGAAGAAGGUCUACGGAUGUUCCAGCUCGUAGACGCCAUGAUGAGCUACGUUGCUAUGGACAGGAGACUUCCUGAUCUUGAUCUUCGACAAGGAUUGAACUUCACUGUUCAGAGUUUGUUGGAUCGACUUCAUACCGAUGCCGAGGCUAGACGUGUGUACGAUGAAUCAUUGGAAGCUCGUCAGAUUGCCGAGGCUGCUAUCGCUGAACGCGAUGAGAUGAAGGCCCAGGUGGAGCUUGGUGCUGAGGGAUUGGUCAAAAAGCUCCAAAAGCAGAUUGACGAACAGACCGGUAUCAUUGAACUUCAGGCACGGCAAAACGAGUCUUUGAAGGCCGAGGCUAGUGAACUCCAGAGACUGCGGGCCCAGGAAUUGCAGCGCAAUGAACUGGAAACUCGUGAGCUCUACCUGAUGCUUCGGGAUGCGCAAGAUAUCGCUGCAUCCAAUGCCCGGAAGGUCGCGAGCCCUGAUCAAGAAGCCUCGGCGGAUCCGUCCCAGAUGCCCGGAAUUUUGGACCGCGAGCGUCUCAUGGAACGCCUGGAGCGUCAGCUGGAGAGAACAAAAACCCAAUUCAAGCUUGAAGGCAAGGUCUGGGGCCAGCAUGGCCCAUCUGAUCGUCUUCGUGAGCUCCGUGAGAAGAUGGAUGGCGAAGAGGACGAUUCUGGCGAAGAGUUUACUGCUCAAACCCGUCGUCACCUUGACCCAGGUUCUCUUGGAUCCUACCGUAAGCGCAGCCAUGUGCCUGAUCUGCAAGAUACCUCUGAUGACAAGGCAUUGUCCCCUGUGGAUGAGGAUGAAGAGGCUGUGUAUGAGAAGCCUCGUCUGGUGGAAAUGCAGAGACCUCGUCUCAAUCCUGCUCAGGCCACUGGCCUACUCGGUGAACUUGCUUCUAAGGUCCCGAAGUAUGAUGAAGGCCUAGAGGGCACUGGAAAGGUCGAAGAUGUCACUAUGGAGGAAGCUUCUGCUGCUAAAGAUGAAGCUUCUGCUGAAGAUGCUGAGUCUAAAGCACAGCAGGAUUCCAGAGCAAUGCCUCCACCACCUCUUCCUGUUCCAGGCGGUGCCAAACUUCCAAUUCCUCCACCUCCACCACCGCCACCACCAGGAGGCAGCGCUUUCCCUGCUCCACCUCCGCCCCCAGGUGGCAGUGUCGUUCCUCCCCCUCCUCCACCAGGCGGUGCUGCCCUUCCUCCUCCUCCGCCUCCGCCAGGUGGUGCCAAGGGUCUUCCUGUUCCGCCGCCUCCUCCGCCCCCCGGUGGUGCCAAAGCCGGGAUCCCCCCUCCUCCACCUCCGCCAGGUGGUGCCGGAGGUCCCCCGCCGCCUCCACCCCCUGGAGGUGCCGGCGGAUUUGUUGUACCGCCCCCUCCGCCGCCAAAUGCACCACUGGGCGCUGGCUGGAAGGCAUCUUAUCUGCCACAAACUUCCAUUGUUCCUAUGAACAAGUUUGCUCAGUCUAAGAAUAACCUCAAGAAGGUCCACUGGGACAAGGUUGAUACUCCUGAAGUAACAGUCUGGGCUGCUCAUGCCGUCUCGGCCGAGGAGAAAGAGCAGAAAUAUACCGAUCUUGCCAAGAAGGGUGUUUUGGAUGAGGUGGAACGACUCUUCAGAGCCAAGGAAGCCAAGAAUCUCUUCGGAGCCAGUGCAGCAGCCAAGCAACGCAAAGACAAGAAACAAAUCAUCUCGAACGACUUGUCGAAGAAUUUUCAAAUUGCGUUGGCCAAAUUUUCUCAGUUCCCUCCUGAUCAUGUGGUCCAGAUGAUCAUUCAUUGUGAUCGAGAAAUCCUGGACAACAUGGUCGUCAUGGAUUUCCUGCAACGUGAUGAGAUGUGCACUAUUCCGGAAAACGUUGCGAAGUUGAUGGCGCCAUAUAGUCGUGACUGGACUGUUCCAGGAGCUGCAAGCUCUGAGCGUGAACAAGACCCCAGUGAACUCACCCGCGAAGAUCAGAUCUAUCUUUCCACAGCUUAUGAGUUGAACCACUACUGGAAGGCAAGAAUGAGAGCUCUUACUCUGACCCGCUCUUACGAGCAGGAGUACGAGUACACUUCGUCCAGGCUACAGGAGGUUGUCCGAGUCAGUGAAUCUUUGCGAGAUUCCGUGUCUCUCAUGAACGUUCUUGGUCUGAUUCUGGAUAUUGGUAACUACAUGAACGACGCCAACAAGCAGGCUCAAGGUUUCAAGCUGAGCUCGCUUGCUCGUCUGGGCAUGGUCAAGGAUGACAAGAACGAGACCACUUUUGCCGACUUGGUCGAACGUAUCGUGCGCAACCAGUAUCCCGAGUGGGAAAUUUUCUCUGAGGAGAUUUCCGGUGUUGUUGGGUUGCAAAAGGUCAAUGUUGAUCAACUUUGCACUGAUUCCAAGAAGUACAUCAACAACAUCAAGAAUGUGCAGUCAAGCUUGGAUGCAGGCAACCUGAGCGACCCGAAGAAGUUCCAUCCCCAGGACCGCGUGAGCCAAGUGGUUCAACGGAGUAUGAAGGACGCUCGGCGCAAGGCUGAGCAGUUGCAGCUUUACUUGGAUGACAUGGUAAAAACUUAUGACGAUAUCAUGGUCUUCUACGGUGAAGAUAACACCGAUGAGAAUGCUCGCCGAGACUUCUUUGCCAAAUUGGCUUCAUUCUUGGUUGAAUGGAAAGUAAGUGCACUCAUUACAAUUAUCAUUAUCUCCACGCCUUUUAUUUGA